AUGGCUGUUGAUCGGUCUCUGAAUUCUGCGGCGCCCCUCAAAAAACCCCGCCGUUUUGACUCUGUUGAUCAACCUAGGGGCGGCGGCGGCGGUGGCGUGGUCGUCGUCGGCAAGUGGAAGAAAUUAUCCAGACGCUCGGGGCGAACCAGGCGGAGGCUCCCCCCGGAAGGAAACGAGCGUUUCGCUGCCUUCCUCCUCAGGCUCGCCAGAAGCGGCUGCGGUCCUCCCCCCGCCGCCGCCGCUAAUCACUCCACCGGAGAAGCGGAACCGAGUGGUAACAAGCCCGCCGCCGCCGGUCCGUCAACCGGAAAGAGCGGUAAUAACCCUGUUUCUCCCGUAAUAACCACCACCACCUCCGCCGCCGCUCCAGCCGAUCAUUCCGACGUCAAGAUAUCUAAAGAAUCAGUCCCUACUACGCCGCCGGCCGCGGCCAGAUCAUUCGGCUGCAGCGAAUGCGGUAAGGGUUUCAGUUCAUACCAAGCCCUCGGCGGCCACAAAACCAGCCACCGCCUCAAGCUCCCAAUCGCCGCCGCAAUCGACGGAGACGACGACAGAACCCCCUACGCCGCCGUCAUCCCCGCCGCCAAACCGAGUGGCAAGCUUCACGAGUGCGACGUCUGCCACAAAUCCUUCGACUCCGGCCAGGCUCUCGGCGGCCAUAAGCGCAGGCACUACGAAGGCGUCAUCGGCGGCGGAUCCACAAAGAACCGGAAAACCUCCUCCAACGGCGGCGCAACCAGCAGCAACCAGAUGCCAGCCGCCCCCGCCGCCGUGAUCUGGGAUUUUGACUUGAACCUGCCGCCGCCUGAUGAUCUAGAAGUGGAAAGUGCUCCGCCGCCUUUAAUUUAUUCCUAUGAACACUACUUUUAG